UUGAGAACGACAACAUGGCGUUAGCAAAUCUUCGUAAAACAAACGUCCGUUUGCCACCCGAAGUAAAUAGAAUUCUAUACGUGAGAAAUCUUCCUUACAAAAUAACGGCUGAAGAAAUGUACGAUAUAUUUGGAAAGUACGGUGCUAUACGACAGAUCAGAAUUGGUAAUGCCAAUGAUACUAGAGGAACAGCUUAUGUUGCCUAUGAAGACAUCUUUGAUGCGAAGAACGCUUGCGAUCAUUUGUCUGGUUUCAAUGUUUGUAACCGAUAUCUGGUUGUCCUCUAUUAUCAACCUACCAAGAUGCAUAAACAGUUAGACAAAGAAAAGAAGAAACAAGAAUUACAGAAGAUGAGAGAAAAGUAUGGGCUGAACAAGGAUACCUAAACAUGAUUAUACAUUGUAUGCAUUAGAUAACAUUACAAGUGUACAAAAGAUGUAGUCAUAGACAAUCAGAACAAAAACUUUGGACCAAUAGACCUUUUCCCUUUUAGCUUUCAAGCAUACAAUGCAUGACGAUAGUUGAUUAUCAAAGUCAUUUUAAGUUGUGAUUUCACCAUGGUCAGGAGUGAUUUAGUUAACAAAGAAGCAAAUUAAAUCAGCAAGGUUUUCUUACAAACAAAAUUGCUUCAAAGGCAGGCGAUAACACAACUCAAAGUUACUUGAUAAUCAACUACCAUGACGCAUUGCAUGCUUGAAAGCUAAAAGGGGAAAGGUCUAUUU